GGGUGUGGAGGACCAGAUUGAGGGUGUGGAGGAUCAGACUGUGGGUGUGGAAGACCAGACUGAGGGUGUGGAGGACCAGACCGUUGACAUGAAAUACCUUACCAUGGGCGUUGAGAACCAGACCAUGGGCGUGGAGGACCGAAAAAUCGGCGUAGAAGACCAGACCAUGAGCGUGGAGCCCCCGACCAUGGGCGUGGACGCCCAGACCAUGGGCGUGGAGAACCAGACCAUGGGCAUAGAAGACCAAACCAUGGGCGUAGAGGCCCAGACCAUGGGCGUGGAGGACCAGACCAUGGGCAUAGAAAACCAGACCAUGAGCGUGGAGGACCAGACUGUUGCCGUGCAGGACCAGACCACGGGUGCGCAGCGUUCUGGAGACCUAACCCACAGGGUCAUCCUGGACCACAUGAACAAGUUCUUGAUGCAGUGGACGCCCCGGGAGACACACAUCGUCAUAGAACUUCAGGUGGCAACGAAGGGGUACGUGGGUCUAGGGUUCUCACCCACAGGUGGCAUGAAAGGAGCGGACAUCAUACUGGGCUGGGUGGAUGAUGCAGGCAGUGUCUUCCUGCAAGACCGCUAUGCCAGUGGGUAUACAAUACCAAGUGUGGACAAGUCCCAGGAUGUGGAACUGCUGAGAGGAUACCAGAAUGACACCCACACAGUGCUGAGGUUCUCUCGACCCUGGGUCACCUGUGACCAUGAAGCUGACCUCCAACUCUCGGAUGACACAGUGAGAGUGAUUUGGUCAUAUAAUGAUGAUGAUCCAACUGAUGUGAUGAUGAUGAAGAGGCAUGAGCAGCGAGGAACAAAGUCUCUCUUCUUAAAGGGACCUCAGUUUGUGAUGCCAUCCUUAAGUGAGGAUGUGAAGAUGUGGGAUGUUUUCUCUCCCAAUGUGAGUCUACCAGAUGACCUAAGAACACUGUACUGGUGUAAACUGCAUAAGAUUCCUCCGCUUCCCCGCAAAACUCAUGUCAUCGGGUUUGUUCCAGUGAUUGAGGAGAAGAACCUUGAGCACGUACAUCACAUGUUGCUGUACGAGUGUCACCUGUCUGACAGUGAGCGUCACUAUGAAAAGUGGAUCAGUGUUCAAGGCAACCAGUGCUAUGGAGCCAACAUGCCAGUGUCUUGGAAGUAUUGCACCAGUCCUCUUAUUGCUUGGGCAGUUGGUGGAGAAGGAGAGAUGUACCCAGAUCAUGCAGGUUUCCCACUGGGGGAGGAGCAUGGAGGAGCCACAUACUUCCUCAUGGAGACUCAUUAUGAUAAUCCCAACCUCAAGCCAGGUAUUGUUGACAGUUCUGGCUUACGCAUCUUUUAUACCGAGCGUCUGCGUAAGUAUGAUGCUGGGAUCUUAAUGACAGGACAUGCUGUUACUCCGCUGCAAAUUAUACCACCUAAUCAAAAGUGGCUUUCCAUUGGUGUCUGCCACAGCUCCUGUACACAGAAGGAGUUGCCAACUGAAGGAGUGCAGAUGUUUCAAGGUAUUCUUCACACACAUUUAUUGGGUCAUGCUAUAUCGGUGCGACACAUCCGUGAGAGCCACGAGCAUCCUAUACUUUUCAUGGACAUGAACUAUGACUUCAACUACCAGCAGUCGAGGACAUUAAAGGAAGAAGUGACCUUCCUCCCUGGGGACUCCCUCAUCACUGAGUGCAGCUAUGAUUCUACUCGCAACCAACGACCAACCUUCGGUGGAUUUGGCACAGAGGAAGAGAUGUGUCUGGCCUUCAUAUCAUAUUAUCCUCGUGUAAAUCUUUCUCUGUGUACCUCGACACCUCCAAUGGAGACCAUCUUAGGUGCUCUUGGAAUACAAGAUAUAUAUAAUAAGGAACAGCUGAAGAAUUUACGAGAAAGGGUGAAGGUGGAUGAGAAGGCUGAAACAGCGCUGGCUGAUUCUCUGCGGAAUGGUGAUGUGUCGUCAGGAGUUACCAAAUUUGUGCUGUCUUACAUGUUCCGUUCUGUGAUUAUUAAGGCUCCAGAAAAAUAUGUCAACACAUCUCUUUAUGAUAUCCUGGAAGACAAAGUCACAUGGGAAGAGGCUGAGGUGGUGGCAUCAUUGCAAGAGAAGGUCGUGUUUGGCAGACAUUCCAUCAGUUGUCUCAGUAGACAAAACCCAAGAGUCUUUGAAGAAAUGGAUGCAGUCCCAUAUCCAGUGUUCACAGCUCUUGAGGCCCUGGUCAGUCAGUGUGGUGCCGACCAACAAGGUCAAGAUCAGAUGGGAUCACACACCAACACUCUUCCAUUGUUAGAAUUUACACAUCGGGUGGUGAUGGAGCAAUCUAGCAAAUACAUAAUGCUCUGGACACCAAGUGAGAAUGAUAUCAUCAUUGAGGUUCAGGUGGCAACGACGGGGUAUGUGGGUCUUGGGUUCUCUCCCAGUGGUGGUAUGAAGGGUGCUGACAUUGUCCUGGGCUGGGUGGACAACUCUGGCAAGGUGUUCUUACAAGACCGUUAUGCCAUUGGGCAUACAAUACCAAGUAUGGAUGAGUCCCAGGAUGUGGAGCUGCUGGGAGGAUACCAGAAUGACACCCACACAGUGCUGAGGUUCUCUCGACCCUGGGUCACCUGUGACCCUGAGAAAGACCUCCAACUCUCAGAUGACACAGUGAGAGUGAUCUGGUCAUAUAAUGAUGAUGAUCCAACUGAUGUGAUGAUGAUGAAGAGGCAUAAGCAGCGAGGAACAAAGUCUCUCUUUUUAAGGGAAGCUCAGUUUGCUGUACCAUCCUUUAGUGAUGAUGUGAAGAUGUGGGAUGUUUUCUCUCCCAAUGUAACUCUACCUGAUGACCUAACAACACUAUACUGGUGUAAGCUUUACAAGAUUCCUCCGCUUCCUCGUAAGACUCAUGUCAUCGGGUUUGUUCCAGUGAUCGAGGAGAAGAACCUCGAGCAUGUUCACCACAUUCUGCUGUAUGAAUGUCACCUGCCUGACAGUGAUCAUCACUAUGAAAAAUGGAUUGACCUUCAAGGCAGCCAGUGUUAUGGGGCCAACAUGCCCGUGUCUUGGAAGUAUUGCACUAGUCCCAUCGUUGCUUGGGCUGUUGGUGGGGAAGGAGAGAUGUACCCAGAUCAUGCAGGCCUCCCACUGGGGGAGGAGCAUGGUGGUGCCACUUACUUCCUCAUGGAGACUCAUUAUGAUAAUCCUAACCUUAGACCAGGUGUUACUGAUGCUUCUGGCAUACGCAUCUUCUAUACUGAGCGUCUGCGUAAGUUUGAUGCCGGGAUCUUGAUGCUGGGCCAUGAGGUCACCCCAUUGCACAUUAUUCCACCCAGUCAAAAGUGGCUUUCUGUUGGUCUCUGCCAUGGUUUGUGUACACAGAAGGAGUUGCCAGCUGAAGGAGUUCAGGUGUUCCAGGGUGUCCUUCACUCACACCUGUUGGGUCGUGCUAUCUCUCUCCGACACAUCCGUGAUGGCCACGAGCUUCCUAUAAUUUUGAAGGAUAUGACUUACGACUUCAAUUACCAGCAGACGAGAAUAUUAAAAGAGGAAGUGACCAUCUUACCUGGAGACACUCUUAUCACUGAGUGUAACUACGACUCGACCCGUCGUAAGCAGACCACCUUCGGUGGGAUUGGUACAGAGGAAGAGAUGUGUCUGGCUUUCAUGACUUAUUACCCUCGUGUCAAUCUCUCAGUCUGCACCUCCACCCCACCCAUGGAGACCAUCUUUGAGACUCUUGGAAUACAAGAUAUUUAUAAUAAGGAAAAGAUAGGAAGGAUUUUACAAGGCAGGCUGGAAGUCAACGAGGAGGAUGAGACAGAGUUGGCCAGUGCUCUGCGGAAUGGCAGCGCAUCUUCAGAAGUGACGGAAGUCCUGUUGUCUCAUAUGUUACGAGCAGUGGUCGUUAAGGCUCCUGAAAAGUUUCUCAACACAUCCCUUUAUAAAAUUUUGCUAAAGAAAACAACAUGGGAAGAGAGCCAGGCAGCGGAAUUACUGCAGGAGAAGGUUGUGUUUGGAAGACACUCCACAAGUUGUCGAACUAGAGAAGAUGCAAGAGUCUUGGAGCAACCACAAGCGGUGUCAUAUCCUCGUUUCUCCGCCCUGAAGUCCCCUGUUGAGCAGUGUGGUGCCAGGAAGCAAGUUCAAGACCAGCAAGUGAAUGACAACAAUAGACUUCCACUCGUGAAAUUUUUACAUCGGGUGGUGAUGGAAGAGGCAGACAAGUAUGUAAUGUUGUGGACACCGAGGAAGGAUGAUAUUAUCAUCGAGGUUCAGGUAGUGACAACAGGGUACGUGGGUCUAGGCUUCUCUCCCAUCGGCACAAUGAAAGGCUCUGAUAUCAUGCUGGGCUGGGUGGAUGAUGAUGGAAAGGUCUACCUGGAAGACCGGUAUGCCAGCGGGUACUCGGUACCGAUGAUAGACAACUCUCAGGAUGUGGAGCUGCUGGGAGGAUACCAGAAUGACACCCACACAGUGCUGAGGUUCUCCCGUCCCUGGGUCACCUGUGAACCUAAGACAGAUAUGCAACUCUCACAGAACAACACCAUAAGAAUGAUCUGGUCCUAUGACAAGGAAGACCCAACUGAUGUGACAUCACCGAGAUAUCAUGACCAGCGAGGGACAGUAUCACUCCGCUUGAAGGCUCCUCCGUUGAUGCAGCCUCUCACUGACGAUGUGAAGAUGUGGGACGUCAUCUCUCCCAACGUGAAUCUACCAGAUAAUGUAACAACGCUGUACUGGUGUCAGCUUCACAAAAUACCUCUCCUUCUCCGCAAGACUCAUGUCAUUGGGUUUGUUCCGCUGAUCAAGGAGAAGAACCUCGAGUACAUUCGUCACAUGCUGCUGUACGAGUGUCACCUGUCUGAUAGUGAUCGUCACUAUGACAAGUGGCUCAACCUUCAAGGCAGCCAGUGCUAUGGGGCCAACAUGCCCGUGUCUUGGAAGUAUUGCACUAGUCCCAUCGUUGCUUGGGUUGUUGGUGGGGAAGGAGAGAUGUUCCCAGAUCAUGUCGGCUUCCCGCUGGGAGAGGAGCACGGAGGAGCCACUUACUUCCUUAUGGAGACUCGUUACAAUAAUCCCAACCUCAAACGAGGUAUUGUUGAUGCUUCUGGUAUACGCAUCUUCUACACUGAGCGUCUGCGAAAGUUUGAUGCUGGAGUCAUGACAGUGGGACACGAUGUCACUCCAUUGCAUAUUAUUCCACCCAAUCAAAAGUGGCUUUCUGUUGGCCUCUGCCAUGGCUCCUGUACACAAAAGGAAUUACCAGCUGAAGGAGUGAAGGUGUUCCAGGGACUCCUACAAGCUCACCAGCUGGCUCGGUCUAUCUCAGUUCGACACCUCCGUCAUGGUGAAGAACGUCGCGUUCUUGCAAAAGACAUGACCUAUGACUCCAGCAACCAACAACCAAGGAUAGUGAUGGAGGAAGUGACCAUUCUGCCCAUGGACUCUCUGAUCACUGAGUGCACCUACGACUCCACUCGUCGCCACCGAGCCACCUUCGGUGGGUUUGGUGCAGAGGAUGAGAUGUGUCUAGCCUACUUAUCAUAUUACCCUCGUGUCAACCUUUCUCUCUGUACCUCUACCCCUCCUCUGGAGACCAUCUCUGAGGCUCUUGGAAUACAAAAUACAUAUGAUAAGGGAAAGAUGGGAAAAAUUUUACAUGGCAGGGCAGAGUUGGAUGAAGAGGCAGAGAGAGAGUUGCUUGAUGCUGUGCAGAGCAAUGUGUCUCCAGAGGACACCACCAUCCAGGUGUCACAGAUGUUUCACACACUGGUUGUCAAGACACCUGAAAAAUACGUCAAUAUGUCGCUUCAUGACAUUCUUCAUGAUGAUGUGACAUGGCAAGAUAGUCGUGUGGUCGCAGCACUGCAGGAGAAGGUAGUGUUUGGCAGAUAUGCCACCAAGUGUCGUCAGCAGAGCGCCAGGGUGUUCAGUGAAGACGAGAUAGUUCCAUUCCCAGACUUCAGGGCUCGCAAGAGUCGUUCCCAGCAGUGUGACAUUAACCAACAAGGCUUGCUCACCAUAGAGUCACUUGCUGCCAACCCUGACUCCAGCAGCACCCAGUCACCUAGCAAGGAAACCACCUCAUCUAACAGCUCAGUAUCAUCCAGUGAGAGUGCCGACUCAUCCAGCACAGUAUCAUCCAGUGAGAGUGCUGAUUCAUCCAAUACAGAAUCAAGUGAGAGCUCUGACUCAUCCAACAAGAGUACAGAAUCAUCCAGUGAGAACAGCAGCUCUUCAGACUCUGAGCUGCCUACACAAACCAGGUUUAUCAAUACUAAAUCACCCAGCAAGAACCCAGACUCAACCAACACUGUGUCGUCCACUGCCACUACCAUCCAGGCUAAGCCUCUUCCGUGCCCUUCAUUUAUCCCCUUUUGCACAAAGCGACGUAUGCCCUUCCUAACCAAGAGUCGGAACCACCUGGGAGUUCGGCCGUACUUCUUUUAGGAUUUGAGUGAAUGUGGCAGAAUAAUAUAGCAUGUUAAAGUCUGGCAUUUAGCCAUGGUUAGGUACUGGAGGCAUGGAGACCCAUGGAAUUUACGAGCAAAUAAAUGGUGGAGGCUUGAUAUGGAUAUCAAUGCAUUCACAUAUACAUCCAGUUGUCUUUUGCAAACUGCAAGAAUACCCUUCAGUAUUAUUUAUACUAACUGUCAUUACUGUUAGGAUCUCUGAGCCAUAUGGGUUUAGCAUUUUUUAUUUAUAAUAAUAUUUAAUUCUACAAGUACAUAAUACAACAUACAGACCUAGCUAACAUCAAUGACGUACUACAUGUGUAUAGAAAGCCCCUGGUUAUGUAGAGCAUUUUGGGCAACUUAUGUUAAUCUUGUCCCCAGGAAGCAACCCACACCAGCUGGCUAACACCCAGGUACCUACUUACUACUAGGUGAAUAGGGGCAGCAGAUGCCUUAAGGAAACAUGCCCAAUAUUUCCAUCCAUGCUGGGAAUUGAACCACAGAUACUCACUGUGUGAACCGAGUGCACUACCAACCAAAUGCUAAUUGCUCUAACCCUCAUCUAGGUACCUCAUAGCACAGUGGUAAGCAUGCUUAGUUCACUGCUUAGGAAACAUAUUGUCAAACCCCUCAUGAGGCAGUACAUAUGGACAAGACUCCUAGCACCUAGUGCCUUUGUGCCCUAGCAGUAAGCAGAUACGUACUUCAAAUUUAGUUGACUGUUCUGGGUU